AUUCAAAAGGAGGCACUUCAUGAGGAGGUAACGCCAUUUCUAUGAACUAAAGAGGGGUAAUCAUAGCAACCUCACCUCAGCCUAAAGCAUACAUGGAGCCAGUGGUCCAGGGCAGAGUAACCAAGGAACUGAAGAUGUCCGAGAUGGUGGAAUUAAUUGUGGAGACUGCGGCUGAAGCUGGAGCAACAGGAUUUAGUGUGUCUGGUGGAGGCAAAGAAGGAAUCUUUGUCAAGGAGGUGCUGAAGGAAUCGAGGGCUGCGAGAGCACUCAAUCUGAAGGAGGGAGAUCAACUUCUCAGUGCCAAGGUCUUCUUUGACAAUGCCAAGUACGAAGACGUGCUGAAGAUUCUGCAGAGUGCCGAACCAUAUAAAGUCGCCUUCUGCCUGAAGCGAACAGUGCCUAGUGCUGAUGUGGCCAUUUCAUCAGAGACUGGGAGCCUUGAACUGAAAGGGCCAGAAGCCAAAAAGACCAAACUGAGUAUCAAGAGCAUGUCGCCUGUCAAAAAAACCAAGAAAUUAAUGAAGGGGAAGGUCCUCAGCAAGGAAGAGGGAGACGUUGAACUGGACGUGCCGGUGGACGUAGAGUUUGCUUUCCCUAAAUUCUCCACAUUUAAGAGACUGACUAUCACUUCCCCCAAGGAAGCAGCAGCUUUGAAAGGUGAUGCCAAGUUCAUCCAUCCCGAGGUGGAAGCUGAACUCACUUUGGGAGAGGGUCAGGUCAAAGACAAGAAGAGAAAACUCAAGUUCCCAGGCUUCUGGCCCAGUGAGUCAGGGAAGGCCAAACUUGACUCCUUAGAGCCACCAAAGGAGAAAGGUGCUAUCUCAGUAAAGGUGCCACAGGUCACACUGAAAGAACUUGAAGGCGCUGGAGUGGAGGUGAAGGCUGGAGCUAAAGUCCCCGCUCUCAAUCUGUUAUCUGCAACGAGAAAAGGGAAAGUAGAUGUCCCCACUUCCAAAAGUAAAACUGAACUCAAGAUGUCUGGUGGAGCGGAGGUAUCUGCUGGAGGAGAAGUGCCUGAAGGUAAAUUGAUCCUUGGACUCCCAGCGAAAGCCCCUCAGGUUGAGAUAGAUAUUGGCUUACCGAAAGCUGAAAUCGACGUCAAAGGCCCAUCAGUUGAAGAAGAGGGCAAAGGGCCCAGCUUUAAGCUGAAGAUGCCGUCAUUCGGGCUAAAGGACAGUGGGGUUGUAGAUACGACGGGUCUCACCGGCAAAGUGGAAAGACGAGAAACUGAAGCUGACCCACAAGACAAACUGAAGAUGCCUCAGAUGUCGAUGCCAAGCAUUGACAUCUCUGUACCAAAAAUGAAACAAACCGAAGAGGUGGAUGUGCCUAAACGAGGCGUAGAAGUUGUUGUUGGUACUUAUAAAGCAGAAGGUUUGGAGGGAAGAGUUAAAGAAUUUGCUCACAAAGUCACAACAUUUGAUGUUUCAGCCCCCAAAGUCAAGGUGCCCGAUAUUGACAUCAGCCUGCCAAAGGCUAAAGCUGAUGUUUCAGCCACAGAUGUUAAGAUCCUUGACGCUAGAACUGCGAAGUUUGAGGGCGAAAUCCAGAAGUCAAAGAUUGGUAUCGAAGGGCCGGAGAUCAAGUUGAAGAUGCCAAAAGUAUCGCUCCCAGACUUUGGCAUCUCUGUCAAGGACAAGGAAGGUGGGGAAAUGGAAGUUGAAGGCCCUGAUGCCAAAGGUCCAGUGUUAAAGGUCCCAAAAUUUGAAGUCUCGCUUCCCAAAAUGAAACUGGGAGAAGCUGAGGUUGAUGGGACCCCACCAACAACGGAGGCACGCGUGAAAGUUCCUGUGUCUGAGGGACAGGUUUCCAAGGCCAAAAUGGACAUCAAGGGCCCUCAAGUGGAAGGAGGUGAGGCAAAAAUGAAACUGCCCUCAGUGAAAAUGCCAACCAUUGACAUUGCAGCGCCAAAGGUAACAAUUCCAGAUGUUCACCUCCCAACUGGUAAAGUAGAGGUCUCUCCUCCAUGCAUUACAGCUGAUUUGAAAAUGCCCAAAGUCAGCGCGGGAGGGCCAAGGAUUGAUGGGCAAGGGCCUGAAGUGAGUUCUGAGGGUUUCGACCUGAAGAUGAAAAUGCCAAAGGUGUCCCUCCCGAAGUUUGAUAUCUCAAUUGGUGGCAAAGAGGCUGAGGCAAAAGUGGAUGGAAAACUAGAGGCAGCUGCUGAAGACACUAAGCUCAAAGGAAUGAAGAUCCCCAAAUUUGAGGUGUCCCUCCCCAAAAUGAAACAGGCAGAAGCUGAAACCGAGCUUCCAACUGAAGCAGAUGUAAGUGGCUUUGAUUUGAUUGGAAAACUGCCAUCCAUCAAAAUGCCAACAAUUGACAUUUCAGCCCCUGAGAUUAAGAUGCCUGACAUGAAGGCAGAGGUCUCAGCUCCGGCUGUCGAAGGUGGCUUCAAGCCUCCGAAAAUUGGCAUUGGAGUCCCAAAGAUUGACAAGCAACCUUUGGAAUUGACACCAGAGGCCCUCGACCUGCAGUUGAAGAUGCCAAAAGUGUCACUGCCAACCUUUGGCCUAUCAGCCAAAGAUGUGGCAGGGGAAGCUAGUGGCCCUGAGGUGGACAUUAAGGGGAAAAUGCCGUCAGUCAAAAUGCCAACUAUUGAUAUCUCAGCGCCUGAGGUCAAAGUACCUGAGCUAAACAUUGACAUCUGCCUUCCGAAAGAAAAAGGAGAAACUGCUGAGCUUGCUGUCAGAGGGGAUGCUAAGGUCUCUGGUGUUGGCUUUAAAGCACUAAAGGUUACCAGGGAGAGCCAAGUGCCUGGAAUCACCCCAGCAGGCACUGAUGCUAUGUUUCAAAUGCCAAAGGUAUCACUUCCAAAGUUUGAAAUUUCACUAAAGAGCAAAGAUGCCGGAGAAGACGUUGACAUGAAAGCAAAGGAAGGAUUGGACGUUGAAGGUCUAGACGGGAGUGGAAGGAGUCCACAGCUUAAAAUGCCCAAAGUGGCAGUGGCUCUUCCUAAGAUUAAGUCAGAUGAGGUUGACAUAUCUGGCCCAACAGUUGAAGCUGACACCAAAUCUGGCAAACGAGACGCUAAAGUAUCAAAGGGUGAGGUCGAGGUGGAGGGAAUUGAAAGUUCAAAGGUUAAACUGAAACUGCCAUCAAUGAAAAUGCCAUCCAUUGAUAUUCCCACCUUUCAGACGGAGGGCCUGAAUGUUGACAUCAGUCUUCCUUCAGUGAAAUCAAAGCCAGCUGCUGAAGGUGAUUUCAAGACUGACAGAGGUGGCAUUGAAGGACCUGAUGCCAAAGUGAAAAUGCCCAAAGUGUCUCUGCCAAAAUUUGGUUUGAAGAGCAAAGUGGACACGGAGGCAGAUGGCAGCACACUGAAAGUUGACGGGAAAGCAUCUUCGCCAGGAGCAAAGGGAAAAGUUCAAAUCAAAAGUAAAUCCCUUGACAUUGGGAUCAAAGGGCCUUCUGUCGAUGUAGACACUGAUGAUGUAAAGCAUAAAGGGAAGGAAGGCAAGCUUAAAGUUCCCAAGUUCAAAAUGCCGACAUUUGGAACACCCAAAAAAUAUGAAGAGGGUGUUGACGUCACCACCCCUGAUGUUGAAACACGCACUUCAAAAGGCAAGCUUCAGGUUAAAGGAGCAGAGCUUGGAACAGGAAGCCCAGAGGGAAAAGGCAGGACUUCCAAAUUUGGGAUUUCAGCAUUCAAAAGCAAAUCCCUGGAUACUGAAGUGAGUCUUUCCUCAGAUACUAAGUUGUCAAAGGGGAAAGCUGAGGUGAAAGAUCCUAGUGCCAGGAUGAAAGCGCCUAAGAUGGACAUCAGCAUUAAGGCUCCUGAUCUGAGCACUGGAGCCCCUGACAUCAAACUGAAGAUGCCUUCCUUCUCAAUGCCCAGCAUUGGUAUAUUGGGAUCAAAAGUAGAAGCAGACCAGGAAGGGGGGACCAAGGCCACGUCUGGUACUUCUGAUGCCGAAGUAGAAAGCAAGUUGAAAAUGCCAAAUAUACAGAUGCCAGCCAUUGAAAUUUCAGUGCCUCAGGUAAAACAGGCAGGCGUUGAAGGACUGUUGCAAAGGGAAGAGGUCGAUGUCUCAGAAGUCGAUCUGAAAACUUAUGGGGGAGAUUUAAAGAUUCCAAAGGUGAAAGGUGAGAUGCAGGACAUGGAAGGGAAACAGAAGGCUCCGUUGGUGAAAAUGCCAUCCAUCGACAUUUCAUUGCCCAAAGUGAAAGCUCCAGAUGUCGACCUGAGUUUGUCCAUGCCCAAGGUUGAUGCCUCAGGGCGAAAGGUUGAAGGUGAGGCUACUUUACUAAGCGCUGAACCUGAAGAUGGAGAAUUCAAACUAAAAAUGCCCAAGAUUGGGAUGCCCAAGUUUGGCAUAUCUGGGUCAAAGGAGAAAGAGACUGGUGUUGAUAUUUCGGCUUCUACAGAUGAUCAUACAGAGGAUCCUGAAGGUAAAGGGAUUAUGUUCAAAACAAGAAUGCCUAAAGUUGACCUUUCUCUCCCCAAAGUUAAACCAUCAGAAGCUGAUAUUGAGAUGGAUGCCUCUCUGCUUGAGGCUGAGGGACUUGAUGCAGAAGGAAAAUUCAAAAUGCCUGGAUUUACUCUUCCAAAGUUCUCACCACCGAAAAUGGUGGCCCCAGAGCUGGACCUCAAUAUCCCGUUUUCCAAAGAUAAAAAGAUGGCUAGUGAGACAACAGAGGCCAAAACCGAUACUCAGACUGCAGGGGGUGAAUUUCAAAUAAAGAUCCCUCAGGUGUCUUUGCCUGGUUUUGGCAUUUCAUCAGCAGAGGGGACCAGCACAAGUGUGGACGUCAGUCUUCCGACCGACAAAGUGAAACCAAAAGCAAAAGUAGAAAUUAAAACCCCUCGGGUGGAGGGAGGGACUGAAGUAGAAAGCCCCGAGGGGAAGACCAAAGGGGGCAAAAUCAAGAUGCCCAAGUUGCAAAUCAGCACCCCAAAGGCCAAGUCCGAAGUGGAUGUGGCUGCAGCAAAAGAGGCUGCUAAAUCUGGCACUGAAACAGAGGGAGGAAUAUUGAAAUUGAGCCUGCCGAAAUUUGGGAUUUCACCAAAAUCUACUGAAACAGAAGUCGAUUUAGAGCUACGGGGCUCGGAUGGGAAGCUCAAAGAAUCCAAAGCGAAAGGGUCCAUGUUUGGCAUCUCACUUGGGAAAGGCCACAAGGGCGAUGGUGAAACUCUGGGAGUUUCCAGGGUGGCCGAGGGAGCCUUCGAAGGAAAUGGUGGCAGGAAGUCGGACAAGUUCAAGAUUAAGAUGCCGUCGGUCACCAUCCCUGGCCCAAAAGUGGAUGUCGAUUUUGGCAGAGUUUCACCAAAAGGCAAAGUUACCGACCAAGAGGCCAAAGCUGCAGUGAAAGAAGCAGGGGGAGUCAGGAUAAAAGGUGAGGUCCAGGCCCAGGAAGCGAGCUCAGAGAGUCCCGAGUCCCGAUUUAAAAUGCCCACAUUGAGGAUGCCAGAUUUUAGCACUUCUGGCAACAAAGCCAGUCAGGUGACGGUGAGAACCAAGGUAAUGCAGUCAGAAAAGGAAACCCGCAGAUCGAAAGUUGAGGUGGAUCUUGAGGGACCAGAGGCGGACGCAGAUGGGAAGCUCCAGAUGCUGAAGGUGAAGAUGCCCAAAGUUGAGAUUGGCUUGCCAGGAGAGGACUUGGACAGAGCCGGAAAAGCGGAGGUCAAAGCUGGAGCAGACGCAUGGCAGAUUGGCCAAGUGACUUCACAAGAAAUAUCUGCCAAGACGUUCUUCAAGAUGCCUACUGUUGAGAUUUCAACACCCAAGAUCGGAGAUUCAUCGUCUGGGGUGGAAGGAAGCGCCACUGAAAUUGGCCUCCAUCAACUGGGUGACAGAGGAGGCUCAGCGGAGGGGGAAACUGAUGUCCUUCAGCUGAGAAUGCCCAAGAUUGAGCUGCCCUCGUUUGGCUCAUUGGAACCCAAAGAGGGCAGUCAGGCACAAUCGGGAGAUCAAAGCAGCACAGGGGCUACCAUGGGUUCCUCAGUGUCAAAGACUAAAAUAGACUUUCAAGGGGCACAAGUGAGCAUCAAAGGGUUGCAAGUUCUGAAAGGUUUCAAAGGUUCUGAAAUGGAGGUGACUGGAGAAGAGCCAGAUGCUUCAGAAAGCAGACUGAGCAAGCUGAAAGGGAAAAUGUCAAAGUUCGGUGUGGAGUUGCCAAAAGUCACACAGCAAGAGGAGGUGAGGAUGGCCCCUGGUGCGGUUAAGGUUGAGGGCACAGCAAAGGGAAGUUAUACAUCACUUAAGGCUGACAUUGACUUGCCUGAUGCAGAGCUCAGGGGAUCUGAAGCAAAAACAAAAACUGACAAAGCCAGAAAGCAGGUGCUCGGCUUUGCAAAGGCCAGAAUGAGAGGCAAGGACCUGACCGGCCAUUUACCGGAAAAAGAUAUCAAAACGUCUUCACCCAAGGCCAAAGGACGUAGCAAAUCGCCAUCUGCGAAGGGGAACAUUGGCAUUGGAACUCCACCAGAGGGCGAUAAUGCAGCGGUCAAAGUAAAAAUGCCCAGUGUGAAGAUGCCGAGCUUUGGAAUCUCCUUGUCUAAAAGUAAAACUGCGGAGUUCAACGGAGGUUUGGAGGCUGACAGGUCCCCAAGAAAAGGAGAGGCCUGGAAGAAGGCUGCAGGAGCUGAGGAAAGUGAUGACACGGAUAGUUCGGAUGGGAAAUCCAAAAUGAAACUGAAGUUGCCCAAGAUCAGUUUCACGCCUGUUAAAAUACCCACGGUUGAUGUUGCUUUGGGUGCACCUGCUUCACCUGUUGCAGGGAAAUCAGGCGAUGCCUCGGACCUUCAUGUCAAUGGAGAGGGUGAGAUGGCUGGCAGCCAAGGCAUGAUGGGAAAAAUCAAGCUGCCAAAAGUGGAAUUUUCCUCGCCAUACCUGAAAGCCAAAGACAGUGACUAUGAACAAAGCCUCCAACUGGUCAAAACAGAAAUGUCAGUGUCGAAAGAUGAUGCCGGGUCCAAGUCCAGUUCUGGCCCGUCUCCCAGGUCCUCAUCCCCACGAAUGAAUGGAGAGGACGCAAAAGGCAAAGGACUGAAAAUAACCUUCUCAGGCCUCCAAAAGAAAAGCCAUGAAAGGGAUGGAGAGCCAGAUGGGUCAAAUCUGGUGACAUCAACAGCCAGGACUGAGAUGGUUCUGCUGGAGUCCAGUGGGGAUGCCAGACGUACCAAGACUAACAAGUCAAAAUCCAUAGUGGGCUUUACUUCAGGUAAAUCCAAAGGAACGUACUCUGUUCACGGCACUGCAUCAGGCCUCUCUGACUCGGGGAAAGUGUCCAAACUAAAGAGCACCACAGACGGUCAAGGGGAUGAGAAAGAAGAGUCAGAAAUGAAGGAUAAGUCCGCUAAAUUCAAACUCCCCAAGUUCUCCCUUGGCCCCAAGUCUAAAGGGGUGUUGGACGUCACCACUACGGAAUACGAAAACAAUGUUAUGUCAGAACUACAGCUCGACGAUGAUGAGUCCACAGAAAGACACUUUAAAUUCCAAAUGCCCAAAGUAGGCUUCACAACCAUCUACCAUGAGGAGCACAUUUCUGAGGAGAAGAUCUUUGAAGGGGAAGGUCCUGUCAUGGGGUCGAAGGGCAAAAAACAGAUGAAAAUUGAAACUCUGACUGAUAAGUCAAUGAGCUUUUAACUGAAGGUCAGAAACAGCAAGGAGUGAGUUCCCGAGUAGACAGAGACUUGAGUGUUGUACAGAUUUCCCUCACUUCCAUCAAAUUAACAGUGUUCCUGUGUUUCGGAGCAGACAGAUAAAGGUGACUGGACUACAAUUUGACACAAUACAGGCUGCAGUCUCCAUGGACUAGCAAUGGUAGUUCAAACUGUACUGUCCAAUACUGUAUGUUGUGAUCACGCUGCUUGUGAUCUUCUAAUGGAGACUGUGCACAGAACGUUCACUAUGACUAACGCUCACCAACAUUCUUUCUCACAUCCACUCACCCUUUAAUUUUCUUUUGGUUCCUUCAAAACAUUCUGCUUCAAUUGAUGAUUUUCCUCAAGUAUUGUGGUCUUACUAUAUUAAUUAUAGAUUAAAAGCCAAGGACUUAGCUACUGAUUAAAAGGUUUUUAUGGACAAUUGUUUUCAUUUGGUCAUGAUUUAGGGUCUCUAGGAAGAAACCAUUUAUUCAGUCUUCAGGCAGAGUGAAGGGGUCACUUGGUGGGUUAGCACUGCUGUUUCACAGCGCAAAGGACCUGGGUUCAAUUCCACCCUCGGGCAACUGUCUGUGUGGAGUUUGCACAUUCUCCCUUUGUCUGCGUGGGUUUCCUCUGUGUGGUCCUGGAGAUGUGCAGGUUAGGUGGAUUGACAAUGCUAAAUUGCCCAUAGUGUCCAGGAAUCUGCAGCAUAAAUGGACUAACCAUGGUAAAUUCAGGGUUAUUGGUAUAGGAUAGGGGGAUUGGGUCUGGGUGAGAUGCUCUUUGGAGGAGCGAUGUGGAAUCCAUGGGCCAAACCCGACUGUAGGAAUUCUGUGAACAAACAGGAGGAAAGAAGAAGGUAAAUGAAUUUGAGUGAAAGUAAAAUCUAGAGAUUGAGUUAAUUAGACAGGGUUCAAGAAGUGUAUGAGCCCCAAAGGGUGAAUAGGAUGGCCAGUGAAUUCCAAUGGGGCGAACCAGCCCUGUCCUGUUUGCUUUGCCUUUGGCUUGAAGAGUUAUUUCAAAGGGAUCUUGGCCAGUUGCAGACCAUUUUAUUCAACUGCAAAGUAGCUGUGUAAAGAUGAGAUGUCGUGUGGGAGGGAAGGUUCCAGCGGCGAUCAAACUUUAACUUGUUGUGUUUGUUUUACGUGGAGCAAUGUGUAGACAGGCUGCAGAAGCAUCUCAAAGCUCCCGAACAGGUAAUGAAAAAUUACCAAGAGCUCUUAAGGAGCCUAAUUGAGCAAAGUUGAAGCAUUUGUAUGCCAUUAAUGGUCCUCAUUAGCAUAUAGUCAUGCAAAGUACAUGUACGACCUGCUUUUGUAGUACAAUUAGCCCUUUUCACGUGAAGGGUUAAUGAGUGUAGCCAGUGACCAACCUAGAUCAAAGUGGUGAGUGGGUGUCAUUUUGCUUUUGAUGUGUCCAUUCAAACUCAUUGGCUUUAGUUAUUAGAAGACAGAAAAUAAGCUGCCUAAAGUAUAAUAUAACUGGAGGGUGUAGCAGCACCGAGAUCACGUUAGGUAGACCCACCAUAGUCUAUUGUGAAACCUUUGUGACAAACUCACUGACAGAAUGAGACCGGAUGACUUUAUUCAACUGAUGCAGAGGUUCAGAAUGUUUACAGGACACGACCCGGUGAAUAGGGACAAAAGGAAAGAGGUCAUGCCAGACCUUUUGAGGCUCAGGCCUCAGCUGGAUGGCUGGAUGCAAUCCUGAGUUCCACAGUUCAGGAAUGUUGGAAAGGAUCUUGGAGAGGGUACAGAGGAUGUUUACCAAGAUGAAAACCAGGCACCAGGCACUUCUUGGGAAAGCUGAGGAUUGAUGUCCUGGAGAAAGUUCAGGGAGAGGCAUACAGAACCAGGAGAGGCUACUGACGAAACAAGUGGCAAGAACCCUUCCCUUUGGUCAAGUUGAUCAGUUCCCAGAGUUCAGAGAAGUGCAGUAAUUCACAAGAGGAGAAAAUGAGGAGAAACGGCAAGGUCUAAUGAUCCAGAAUACACAGCUGACAUCAAGCAGAUUCCAUGAAAAUCGUCCAAAGGGCAUCAAUCAUGUAGUUAAGAGGAACAAUUGGCAGGAUUAAAGGAUAAAAUAUGGAUGUGGAACAAAAUUGGAUCAGCACUCUCAAAGAGCUAGCACAAGCAUCAUCUGCAGAAUAGUCUCUCUUUGUGCUAUCAGAUCCACAAUUCUAUCACCUGACUCAAACAGACCUUCAAUGGCAGACAUAUGUUUCAAUGAAAGAAGUUACCAGUAACCACAUGUACUUAAUAGACAUAGCUGAGAAGGUGUAGAGUUAAAUGAUAAUUAAUUAAUGAAAAGAUUGAAUUCAGAUGAAUGAACCCUCUUUGGUAGAAACGAAAGGCAUUUUCUAUUAAUUUUAUUUUGUGAUCUAAUCUGGUAACGUCAGGUGGUGAGGGUUGAAUUGGUCAAAGCUACUGGUAAUGUCAGGUUAAAUCAGUCAAGGCUUGUAAUGCCAGUCAGUUUAAGUCGGUCAUGGCUGGUGAAAGUCAGGUAAAAUUGGUCAGGGUUGUUGGUAAGUGAUAGUUCCUGCUCCCCAUUAAUCUCAUUGUUAUCUAUUUUUUAUGAAUUUCAUCCACACGUAUUGGCUGCCAGCUUCUUUUGAAACACUGUUUGUUGGCCACACUCGCCUCUAUCUGAUGUUUCAUACUAAUGUUUCAAAAACUGAAAUAAAGUACUAAAAUCACACUUACAUAGUACAUCUGGAGAAAGUGAAGAUAUUAUUGUGGUGAAUGCAGCGAUUUGCAGAGAUCCCACUUGAUGCAUUAAAUUCCCGCUUUUAAUAUUGUGUGUGCAAAAAAUAUUAAAUCUUGUUUGAAAUGAAGAUGUGUUGAAAUCCUUUAAGUAUUUUCUUAAAGGCAAUGUUCUUGCCAAUUGCUCAAGAGAUAUUUUCUUCUCCAAACUAAAAGCAUUCCCGAAUCUGAUGCGACCUCAGCUAUCAGAUCAUAUUUUUAAAUGUUAAUUAAUAGAGAGAACAACACUAGAGACAAUAUCUUAAGACAUUUACCCAUUUAUAAGCAGUUGAAGCUCUUCCACCUCCCAAUCAACUGUUACACUCUCAGAUUCCAGCAUCUCCAUCAUGCAUACAUAUGCAUCCCACACUCAGAUACCAGCUCUUUAUCACACACUCACUAAUUCAUGCUCAGAUUCCAGUUUCUCCAGCGCACACAAACACACUGCCCUACUCUCAAGUACCAGCUUCUCCAUCACACGCAAAUUGUUUCACUCUCCAAUACCAAUUCCUCCAUCACACACAGCCAAACACACACACUACCCCAGUCUCCAAUACCAGCUCCUCCAUUUCACACACACAGUUCCACUCUGAGAUACCAGCUCUUCCAUCACACACACAGACUAUCCCACUCUCUGAUACCAGCUCCUCCAUCACAGACACACAUGCAGACUAUCCCACUCACGUUGAGGAAUAGUUUCUGACCACACCUGUUGAGCUGAAGUUAGGCAAAUGAACCAUUUGUGGUCCCACAAUCUGGUUGACUUGUCUCCAGUUGGCCUUGGUCUGUCACAGAGGAACCAUGUUAUUAGAGGUUACCCAGAGAUACGUCCCACUGGCUUAAUACACAGCUAUAUCUAGUACUGGACUAUUUGUCAACCUACUGAGUACAUUGAUGAUAUUACACAAUAUUCACAGUAGGUUAACUUAUAACCCUAUGAAUUCAGGUUUUAAGUUGAUCACAAAUAUCAUCAGGUUUGUCUCAUGAUGCUAGUGAUGGGUUUGGAAAUGAGUUGGUGAGCAGUGUACUUAAACCAUUCAGAAUUACAGGACAUUAAAUGUGGAAAGAAUCAGAGCAAAAUGCACUGCUGCAGGGAACCAAAUAUCUCUUGACAUGGUCUACUGCUACUAUUUUUGAUCUUUUUGUGAUUGUAACAUGGAAAGUAUGGAAUAUAUUUUUAAUGAAUAAUUUUAACCAUGUAUAAUAAAGAUGAGGAAUUCUCACACCGAUGCUGCGGCAA